AUGCCGCCUGCUCGCUCCAGCCGCGCCUCGAAAACCUCUAAUCCUACUACUGCUGCUGCUGCUGGCCAGUCAGUAAAGGAAUCGGGUGCGAAGAGCUCAUCCUCGCCCUCCGACAGCCAGCGCGCUGCCCGAAAGCGCGCCCAGAACAGAAUAUCGCAGCAAUGUUUCCGCGAGAGGCAACUCGCUCAUAGGCGACAGCUACAGUCAUUCAUCGACGCCAUGAAAGGCACUCCUGCCGACGGGGUAUCACCUUCAUUGCUCACCUCGUACGUCGACCUUGUGGAAGAAAAUCAAAAACUGCGCGAUAGUCUUUUACGCACUCGCAAGAAACUUCUCAGUCUUGCAAAUUCGGCAUCCGCAUUGGCCGAAGACGAGAUCUUUCAGCUCAUUCUCGCUCCACGCGGCGCACAAGAGAAAAGAUCCACUCAAGUACAGCAACAGGCACAUCAAAUCCCUUCGACUGCCUCUUCUAUUGACGGCAUAUCUCUGGAUGACACAGAUCUUACAGAUCUUUCGAAGUCACAGCAGAAUAGCGAGCGAUUUCUAGAUCAUCAGAAUAGUGAGAUUCUGCUAUCCGAUAUCGCGAGUGCCGUGAAAGCUACAGGCUUUGCUUCUGCCAAUGGUGCCGCCAUGCAUAGCAGCAUUGACUCGGGUCCCCAAUCUGCCACGCCGAUUAAUGACGGAUUACUGUCCAUCAUGGACGGACACUCAUUGGAGCUGCCAUCUUUCGACAGCCAUGGAUUGCAUAUUUUCCAGUCUCCGAAUGACGAUGUAACAAGAUAUACAGCAUCCGGGGGUUUUAGAGCUGCCGGUUCUUCGCCUAUAGAUGUGGAGAUGUUUAAUCUGAGGUUUUUGAGUCCACCUACAGAUCCUUGUAUGCCAGAUCUCACUCAUAACGGGCAGCUUCCCGCUGAGUGUGCGAUUAAUGUGAGCAGUGCAGAUAUACUAGUACAAAAUCACAGCAUAUCUUCAGAGAUGUUUGCCGCAAGUGUUGAGGAAGCUGGAGUUAUAUAUUUGGCCUCAUUAUGCGGCUUUCGACUUAAUGAGCCUCGAUCUGAGCACGUCAAGCAGAUAUCUGAUCCCAUUGAAGCUUUGAAGGCAGAGUACUUGUCGGUUGUCGAUACGCAAGCAGUACACGACGUUGCAAAGAUUGCAAUCAACCUGAUUACGUCGUAUGGCGGUUUGCGUUCAUAUGUGUAUGGCGUGGGAGGGAACGAAAUCAUGGAGUCUAUCAUGCGCUGGCGUUUGUGCCCCUCCUUAGCAUUCCGCCGAGCAAUUCCAGAACCGUUCUGUCCGACAGCGGUUCAGUUUUUAAGUCCGCGCCACUCCCUGCUCAUUGAUUUCAUUGACUGGGGCACGAUCCGUGACCAGCUGAUCCUGCGUGCCGGAACUUAUGAUCUUGAUACAACACUUCGCGAGCUAUUUCUAAACACUGUGGUUGAGAUUGACAGCCUCAAGGUGGCGAUCAACAUCCUAGAUCUCUUCAAGACCAAAAUAUAUCCAAACGACCCUACCCUGAGGCAUUUGGCUGAGGCCGAAACAUCAUAUGCGUUGAAAGCCUCAGUAGGCCGAGAAACAGAGCUUCAAAAUCAUGACCUGCUGCUAGACACACUCAUCCAUGAAUUAACACUUCGCAUGAAAAAUAGUGUAUCGUCUCCCGAGGUUGCAUCGCUAGGCGCUGGCUGUGGAUUUCAGCGACCUAUUUUCGGGGCAGAAAAAGUGUUUCAGAAAAGUCCGUUAGCUGAGCAGUAUUAUACAUCUGACCAGCGGCGAUUGUGGAAGCUAAACAAGGACUAUUCUGCGAGCUGUGUAAUGUUGGAUUGCACAUCAGUGAAAUCAAAGUACACAAUGGUUGCUGGUGGACAGGUCAUGGGUAUUUGA